AAAGCGACCCUCAAAUAUUCAACGGUGGCGCGAAGCCCCCACCCACUGGAAGAACAAUCUUCUCUACGCCUAUACCAAUCGCGACAUCGUCAAGUGGUCCGUCUGGUGGGCGACGGCGUACGGGCUCUACAUCCAGGUCGACCUUUACGUGGAAGGACUUUGGAAAGAGAUUGAGCACCACAGCCAUCAAAACGUACGGUGCGGUCCACGCGUCCCAUGCAAUUAUCAGUGUCGUUCUCGGUCUAAUUAUCGGACGGACGAAGAACUGUUGGAUCAAGUGGGGUUCUCUCGUCUUCGGCGUGUCCACCGUCCUUCAAGGCGUCGCUUUGUUCGUUAUGGCGAAAACGCACGACUUGUACGUCGCAUACGGCAUGUUCAUCCUGUUUCAAGCCUUCUUUCAGGUUUUGGUCAUUAUUGCAAAAUCUCAAGUCGCGGAAUCUAUCCGUGAAAAAAGUGAAGCCUUCAUCUUCGGCAUGAACACGCUCACGGCGACCCUAAUCCAUCUCCUUCUCACCAUGGCGGUCACCUCGCGGCACGGAUUCCACCUCCCAAUUCGCGACCAGUACGUCGUCUACGGAGUUUACGCCGUCCUCCUCGGCGUCGGAUUCGGUCUCCACGACAUUCCAAGCAAGCUAUCCAGUAAAACUAGAGCUUGGAGCAUCCUUGGGAGAAAUAAUUUGCACAGAGGCGUAAAAGUUCGGGGGGAAGACGAUAAAAAUGUUAACGAUGAAAACGGCGAGGAAAUGCAGACAAUUUCCGCAAAUAUUCCAUCCACCAUUCCUAUGGAAGACUGAAACUUUUUUGCGAUAAAGAACUUCUUUAAAAGAAGAGAAUUGUAUUUUACAUAUUUAUUCUCAUAUUUACAUCACUACUAUGAAUUAAGUAUUAACUCUUCCAUAGACAUGCAUAUGUACAUACAUGCAUGCAUGUAAAUUGGUAAUCUCUGAUUAAAUGAAUAUUAUUACUCAUGGGGUUGUACAUAUUUAUAUACAUACAGACAUAUAACAAUUUCUGUGUCGGGCAUAGAAAUGCUGAGAAGUUUUGUUAAUUACUGUAGCUAUUUGACGCAAAUAGUUUUUUUAAUGAGACGCAUAUACAUAAUGUGUAUCCACGAUAAUAUCUAAUGUAAAAUAAUGGUUUCUCCACGAACACAGUUCUACAUGCACUUGAUUGAAUAAAAACGCUAAACUCAA